AAGAAGAAGCAGAAACCCUUACGCUACGGUCACUCUGAACGGGACUCUGCUUCACUUAAUCGAAUCCCACGCGGCAUGGAUGGCAUUAAUAAAUACAAUGAAUUUGUGGCUCUCCACAAGUCCCAAUUGGAGACAUUGGCUGUCCCAGUGCAUCUUUGGCCAGCGCUUUAUCGAAAGUUGACCACAGAAACCUUUGAUGCCGGUGAGGUUCUGCAACUGAUGUUGAUUGACUACGACGAGGAUGUGGACGAAGAGAAUGGCGACGAUGACGAUAGCACCAACCCAGUAUUCGCCUUGGGAGUGGCUCGCGAAGAGGGCAUUAAAGUUAGCGAUCCCCUUGCCGUUUACUUGAUAGAUCAUUGUUGGACCUUUCGGCUGAACAACGCACGUCAGACACUGGAAGAGAACCCCCAACUGGCAGAUCGAUUGUCAGCCAUGACGGGCGUGGACCUGGAGCACGAGCAGCGCGUUGACAAGAUACUUAAACGCCUGUGGAGAUACUGUCAUGCCUACUCCAUUCACCACGGGGGUAACUCCGAUGAGGAUCGCACACCCAUUUGGUAUGUGAUGGACGAAAUAGGAUCGGCCGUGAACCACUCGGAUGAUCCGAACUUCCGCGUUGUGCCAUUGCUAUACCUAGACACCCACACCACGUAUAGUAUUAUGUUUCCAAUCAAAGAUUGCGAGCAAAAUGAGCUACUGACGCGGGAUGUGGUCGAGUAUGUGGCCAAGGAUGCGCCACAGCGAGCUGCCCUGCUCUUGCCCUGGGUCGAAGAAAAUCUCAGUGGCGUGAGCUUCUUACAGGCGGAGCCCAGCGCUGACUACUUUACCAGCGGACACAUACCAGAAACAUAUCCAAAGAGGAACACCAAUCCCUUGCCAGUGCAAGGUCGCUGCGAUGCAUUAAAGGUUUAUGCCGAGUACGAAGUGGUGCGGCAGCAUUUGACAGAUGAAAAGUUCCUCUUGGUCGACGCUGAAGAGGAAGCUGACGUUUUGUGGCUUACCCGUCACUUCAAAGCAUUUGAGGAAUUAUCCGAGCAGACGCCCAGCAAGUUCAUAAAUCAGUUCCCAUUUGAGUAUGUGAUCACCAUCAAAGAUUUGCUCAGCAUUGUAGGUCGUCGGGCAGCCAAGGAGCAUCACGAUGGAGUCAGUUUGGAGACAUAUCCCGCCUGGCUGCCCACCACAUACAAUCUGUCAACAGAGCUGACCGAGUUUGUCGCGUAUUACCAAGCCAGGGCAGCCAAGGGUCUGGACAACCAUUGGAUCAUCAAACCCUGGAACCUGGCACGUGGCCUGGACACUCACAUAACCGACAAUAUCAAGCAAAUUGUGCGUCUGCCUACCACCGGCCCCAAGAUUGCCCAGAAGUAUAUCGAGAGACCUGUUCUGUUCCGUCGCACAGAGCUGGAUUGUCGGGUCAAGUUCGAUAUUCGGUACGUGAUACUGCUAAAGAGCGUUCAGCCACUGGAGUCCUAUGUCCAUCGGAAGUUCUUCUUGCGCUUCGCCAAUCAUCCCUUCUCGCUGGACCACUUCGACGACUACGAGAAGCACUACACAGUGAUGAACUACCAGGAAGAGGCGGAACUGCAUCAUGUCAAAUGCGAUGACUUUCUAACUCUGUGGCAACAGCAAUAUCCGGACAAUAAUUGGACAGAGAUUGAGCAGCAAAUCUGUGACAUGCUGCAGGAAGUGUUGCAGUGUGCCUGCCAGGAGCCGCCGCCCUGCGGUCUGGCCUCUUGCCCCCAGUCCCGGGCACUUUAUGCCGCCGACAUAAUGCUGCGGUGGAUAGACGAGGAGAAGAAAGUCAUGCAGCCACAGCUGUUGGAAAUAAAUUGGACGCCCGACUGCAAGCGAGCCUGCGACUACUAUCCGAACUUCUUCAAUGACAUUUUCAAGCUGCUUUUCCUGGACGAGAACAAUGACGAGAUCUUUCGAGCACUCAACUAAUGGAAUUGUUUGUUCUUAAUGCUUAUCGCUUAUACGUGUAUUUCAUUUCAUUUAAACUAUACAAAACUUAAUUAA